AUGGAUGUGUUUUUCUUGUUUGCAGAUAUCUCAAUAAGCUUGCUGUCCCUAGUUGUCACGGCCUGUGGUCUUGCUCUGUUUGGUGUGUCUCUGUUCGUGUCCUGGAAGCUCUGCUGGAUCCCUUGGCGAGAGCGUGGUCUGCCGUUCGGGAACAAAGACAACAAGCAGGAAUCCCUGAACUACACAGACACAGACACCAAUGACCGAGACUACAGCGAGGAUUAUCUGGGUCAGCCUACAGCCUAUCCCGAGUCCUCCAUGAAGAUCAGCCACACCUCCCCCGACAUUCCCUUGGACACGCAGGCGGGAGCGAAGGAGAACUGUGCGCACAAUGCGCGAAUGCAUCGCCAGGUCACCGAACCCACCUCUUCUGCUCGGCAUAAUUCGAUACGGAGACAGCUCAACCUCUCCAACCCUGACUUCAACAUCCAGCAGGUGCAGAAACAGGAGCAGCUGACAGGGAUUGGCCGCAUUAAGCCAGAGCUGUACAAACAAAGAUCAGUGGACACAGACGAUGGCCGGAGGGGUAAUACCAAGGCAUGUGGAAGACUGAACUUUAUUCUCAAAUACGAUUGUGAUUUGGAGCAGCUGAUCGUGAAGAUACACAAGGCCAUCAACCUGCCUGCCAAGGACUUCUCUGGAACUUCAGAUCCAUACGUGAAGAUAUAUCUGCUUCCCGAUAGGAAAACAAAACACCAGACUAAAGUGCACAGAAAGACCCUAAAUCCAGUAUUUGAUGAAGUUUUUUUAUUUACUGUCCCGUACAAUGAUCUCAACACAAGGAAACUCCAUUUCUCUGUGUAUGACUUUGACAGAUUCUCCAGGCAUGACUUGAUUGGCCAAGUGGUAGUGGAUAAUUUUUUAGAUUUGGCAGAUUUUCCCAGGGAAUGUAAUAUUUGGAAGGAUAUUGAAUAUGUCACCAAUGAUAACGUGGAUCUUGGUGACCUUAUGUUUUCACUCUGCUACCUUCCAACAGCUGGUAGACUAACUAUUACAAUAAUAAAGGCAAGAAAUUUAAAGGCAAUGGAUAUCACAGGAGCAUCAGAUCCCUACGUGAAGGUUUCUUUAAUGUGUGAAGGAAGGCGACUAAAGAAAAGAAAAACUUCCACCAAGAGGAAUACCCUUAAUCCCGUUUAUAAUGAAGCCAUAGUCUUUGACGUCCCUCCAGAAAACAUUGACCAAAUUAACUUGUGGAUAGCUGUUAUGGAUUAUGACCGUGUAGGUCACAAUGAGGUCAUUGGAGUGUGUCAAGUAGGCAACGAUGCAGAAAGUCUAGGUCGUGACCACUGGAACGAAAUGCUCUCCUACCCUCGGAAACCCAUUGCUCACUGGCAUCCUCUUGUAGAG